AUGGUUAUCGCCCCAUUUUCACACUCGAUAGAAGGUGAUGAACUCGUCAUUGUCCCUGAGGGUUCAUCAUUCCUAAUUCCUUAUGCUGCCCUUGUGGACCAAAAUUCCAGGUAUUUAUCUGAGACGCUUAGAAUUAGAUUGGUUCCAUCACUGACAACCUUAAGGCUGCUGGCAGAAUGUCCGGAGGGCCGCCAUAGUACAUCGGGGGCUCUACUUGUUGGCAACCCAUGGGUGGAAACUGUACGCAUCAAAGGCUGCAGACCUCUUGCGCAGCUUCCAGGUGCCGAGGAAGAGGUAAAAAUGAUUGGACAAAGUCUAAACAUCGUGCCUCUCACCGGAAAGAGCGCUACAAAAGAUCGGGUCUUAAGCGGGCUCAAAUCAGUUUCGUUAGUGCACAUAGCAGCACAUGGCCGUACAGAAACCGGAGAAAUUAUUUUGUCUCCUAAUUUUCCUGGUGCCAAAAGACCUAAAGAGAAAGACUUUCUUUUGACGAUGGCAGAUGUGUUGGAUGCAAAAGUGCACGCCAAGCUUGUUGUGUUAAGCUACGCCAACAGUGGGCAAGGAAAGAUCAAAGUCGAAGGCGUGGUUGGUAUUGCACGUGCCUUUUUAGGAGCCGGUGCGCGUUCUGUUAUUGCUACACUGUGGGCGAUUGACGACGAAGCCACUCUUGCUUUUAUGAGACACUUUUACGAUCAUUUAUUAGCAGGGCAAAGUGCAAGUAAGUCGCUUCAUCAUGCCAUGAAAAGGAUUCGGGAGUCGGAAAAAUUCAAUGCCGUGAAGCACUGGGCUCCAUUCGUGCUGAUUGGUGAUGACGUGACGUUGAAUUUUGGCCAAUGA